AUGGAUAUGCUUGAGGUGGGUAACACAGGGCAGGGCGACCCCAUCGGUAAUCUCACCAUCGACGAAGCGAAGAGCCACUUCACAGCCUGGGCUCUGCUCAAGAGUCCGCUCUUCAUAUCCAAAAACCUGCCCAACGCGACCGAAGAGGCUCGAGAAAUUCACAAAAAUCCAGACAUCAUCAAAAUCAACCAAGAUCCCAAUGUUGGGGAAUCCAUCGCACCGUUCCGCUGGGGCUACGACCUGCCAGACAAUGUCUCCAACGCUACGCAUCUCGCACAGUACUGGUCUGGUAACAGCAGCUAUGGCAUUGUAUUCAUGCUUCUCAACACCCUUGAUGUCCCGCAAGACAUGUUCUUCAAUUUGACUGAGAGCUGGGCCAUCCGCUCGGGCCGCCUUUACGACGUGUACGACACGUGGGCGCAUACAAACAACAGGACGACACUACGUAACAUUACAGUUACAUUACCGCCGCAUGGUGUUGCAGCAUUGCUGCUGAAUGAUGCAGGGCCCGGGCCCGAGCCAGCUGCGCUGGGAUUGUCCUAUUGCGCCAUCUAUUGGCAGUGCACAUGGCCAAACGGGACUUAUUACAGCAACUGA